CCUCAGAGGAUCUCAGGCUCCCAGCUCUCUCCCAGUCUCCAGUAUUUUGGUCAGUCACUGAGCGGGGGCCAGGACCUCACAAUGGAUGGACUGGUGGACCUGACUAUAGGGGCCCAGGGGCACGUACUGCUGCUGAGGUCCCAGCCAGUGCUGAGAGUUGAGGUGACCAUGGAGUUCACACCCAGGGAAGUGGCAAGGAGUGUAUUUGAGUGUAAUGAACAGGCGGCAAAAAGCCGGGAUGCUGGGGAGGUCAAAGUCUGCCUCCGUGUCCACAAGAGCACAAGGGAUCGGCUAAGACAAGGAGAGAUCCAGAGCUUGAUCACUUACGAACUGGCUCUGGACUCUGGCCGCCCGAAUUCCCGUGCCAUCUUUGUUGAGACAAAGAACAGUACACGCAGACGGCAACAGACCUUGGGGCUGACACAGAAAUGUGAGACUCUGAAGCUACAGUUGCCGGAUUGUAUAGAGGACUCAGUGACUCCCAUCUCCCUGCGCCUCAACUUCUCUCUGGUGGGGAAGCCUUUGUCCACUUUUGGGAACCUUCGGCCAGUCCUAGCUGUGGAUGCUCAGAGAUCCUUCGCAGCUUUGUUCCCCUUUGAGAAGAAUUGUGGCAACGACAGCAUCUGCCAGGAUGACCUCAGCAUCACCUUCAGUUUUAUGAACCUGGACACCCUGGUGGUGGGUGGUCCCCGGGAAUUCAGUGUGACAGUGACGGUGAGAAACGAGGGCGAGGACUCCUACAGGACUCAGGUCACCUUCGUCCACCCAUCUGGUUUGUCGUACCGGAAGGUGUCAGAAGCCCAGAACCAGCACUCAAAGCGAUCCUGGCGCCUGACCUGCGAGUCUGUCUCCUCCACAGAGGGGCCUGGGGCCGUGAAGAGCACCAGGUGCAACAUAAACAACCCCAUCUUCCCAGACAACUCGGAGGUCAUCUUCGAUGUAACGUUUGAUGUGGACUCUAAAGCUUCCCUUGGAAACAAGCUGCUCCUCAAGGCCAAUGUGACCAGUGAGAACAACAUGCCCAGGACCAACAAAACCGCAUUCCAGCUGGAGCUGCCCGUGAAGUAUGCUGUCUCCAUGGCGGUCAUCAGCCAUGAGGUCUCCACCAAAUAUCUCAACUUCACGGCCUCAGAGAAGACCAGUAAGGUUAUGCAGCAUCGAUAUCAGUUCAGCAACCUGGGGCGGAGGACCCUCCCCAUCAGUGUGGUCUUCUGGGUCCCCAUCCGGCUGAACCAGAGGACCGUGUGGGACAGUCCCCAGGUCACCUUCUCCCAGAACCUCUCAAACACCUGCCACACCGAGGAGAGGCUCCCCCCUCACUCUGACUUCCUGGCUGAGCUUAAGAAGACACCAGUGCUGAACUGCUCCGUUGCUGUCUGCCAGAGAAUCCAGUGCGACAUCCCAUUCUUCAGCAUCGAGGAAGAAUUAGAUGUCACCCUCACAACCAACCUCUCGUUUGACUGGUAUAUCAAGACUUCGCACAACCACCUCCUGGUCGCGAGCGCAGCUGAGAUCUUGUUUAACAAGUCGAUGUUUGCCCUGCUUCCAGGACAGAGCGCGUUCGUGAGGGCCCAGACAGAGACCAAAGUGGAGCCAUAUGAAGUUCACAACCCUGUGCCGCUCAUUGUGGGCAGCUCUGUCGGGGGGCUGGUGCUCUUGGCCCUCAUCACGGCCGGACUGUAUAAGCUCGGCUUCUUCAAACGGCAGUACAAGGACAUGAUGAACGAAGCUGGUCCCCAAGAGGCCCCACCCCAGCAAUAGCUCCUUCCCCACGGCAUGGCCCUCUCCUGCAGCAAGCAGGACUAUGGUUAGACCAAUGUGCGGGUCCCCAGGCUGCUGGACAGACAUGUCUGUUAGGAGACGGGUGGCGAGGUCUCACUCAGAAAAGACCUGCUUGGGUUUCCUUUGUGUGUGUGUGCAAGUGUGUGCGUGAGUGUGUGUAAGUUGUGUGUGUGACUCAGAUGUCUCUUGGGUGUGUGCAAGUGUUUUUGACACGGCCUCUCAGGCAGAGGGGAAUCGCUUUGCUUUCUUGUGUGUGGGUGAAGAUGCUGUUGGGCCUUCCUCUGGGAGAGGUAAUGGCAGCUUUUGUGGGCGAACAUAAAGGGAAAUGCAAGAGAACCUCUCCCUGCUGGAGGAAGUGAGACCGCCCUUCGUGGGCAUGCGGGCAGACCUGCAGGAGCCCACGCAAGCAAGCUCUGAGACUCUGGAGAAGCCGUGCGUGGAACCAGGAACUCGUCAGCCCACAGCAGCCUGUGCAAACCCACCCCACACUAGAGUUGGUGGGGCCCAGGAUGUCCAAUGAGGAAUGAUAAAUCUCCCUUUAUGUAUUUAUUGUUUUAAUGCUACUUUUAUUUUUUGCAUUGGUAAACCUGUCCGUGAUGCAAAAGUUAAAAGAUAUUCAAAGGUGUAUGGUGAAAAGUCUCCCUUCCCUGAUGUUCAAGUCCCCUCUUCAGGGGCAGUCAAGGUUAUGUGUUUCUGGGUCUCCUUCCGGAAGAUUCUAUGCAUGUGUAAAACACACAGACACACACAAGUUGUUUACACAAAUGGUAGCAUACUUUAUACUAUUCUGUAUCUUGCUUUUUCCAUUAAUAUAGCUCAGACACUGUUUCACAUCCAGGCAUAAAUUACUUUUCCAUUCUUUUAUACAGUUGUGUAGUCUUCCAUUGUGUGGGUGUAUCACGAUGUAUUUGACCCGUC